CCCCGGUCCUGCCCGGGCGGCCGCCGUUAGCCUGGCCCUGCGGCAGCCCGCGGCCAAGCAGCCGGGAGUAGCGGCCCACGUUCGGAUCUCGCCCUCCCACAUUUCGCUUGCCUGCUCGGUAUGGCUAGCUACCUGCGGGUCGUACGCUCGCUCUGCAGGGUCCCUGGCGCUGGGUCGGCCUGGGCGCCCGCAGCCCAGACAGCCCCGAAUUUGCAAGAGCAGCCGCGGCGCCACUAUGCCGACAAGAGGAUCAAGGUGUCCAAGCCCGUGGUGGAGAUGGAUGGGGAUGAGAUGACCCGUAUUAUCUGGCAGUUCAUCAAAGAGAAGCUCAUCCUGCCCCAUGUGGAUGUCCAGCUCAAGUAUUUUGACCUCGGGCUCCCACACCGUGACCAGACCAAUGACCAGGUCACCAUUGACUCCGCGUUGGCCACCCAGAAGUACAGCGUGGCCGUCAAGUGUGCCACCAUCACCCCCGAUGAGGCCCGUGUGGAAGAGUUCAACCUUAAGAAGAUGUGGAAGAGUCCCAAUGGGACGAUCCGGAACAUUCUUGGGGGAACCGUCUUCCGGGAGCCCAUCAUCUGCAAAAACAUCCCACGCCUCGUUCCUGGCUGGAGCAAGCCCAUCACCAUUGGCCGACACGCCCAUGGUGACCAGUACAAGGCCACAGACUUUGUGGUGGACCGGGCCGGCACAUUUAAGAUGGUCUUCACCCCGAAGGACGGCAGCAGUGCCAAGGAGUGGGAGGUGUUCAACUUUCCUGCCGGCGGCGUGGGCAUGGGCAUGUAUAAUACCGAUGAGUCCAUCUCUGGCUUUGCGCACAGCUGCUUCCAGUAUGCCAUCCAGAAGAAGUGGCCGUUGUACCUGAGCACCAAGAACACGAUCCUGAAAGCCUAUGAUGGACGCUUCAAGGACAUCUUCCAGGAGAUCUUUGACAAGCACUAUAAGACUGACUUUGACAAGAACAAGAUCUGGUAUGAACACCGGCUCAUCGACGACAUGGUGGCUCAGGUCCUCAAGUCUUCGGGCGGCUUUGUGUGGGCUUGCAAGAACUAUGAUGGAGAUGUGCAGUCGGACAUCCUGGCCCAGGGCUUUGGCUCCCUUGGUCUGAUGACCUCUGUGCUGGUUUGUCCGGAUGGGAAGACCAUUGAGGCAGAGGCUGCUCAUGGUACGGUUACCCGCCACUACCGGGAGCAUCAGAAGGGCCGGCCCACCAGUACCAACCCCAUCGCCAGCAUCUUUGCCUGGACACGUGGCCUGGAGCACCGGGGGAAGCUGGAUGGGACCCAGGACCUCGUCAGGUUUGCACAGACCCUGGAGAAGGUGUGCGUGGAGACCGUGGAGAGUGGAGCCAUGACCAAGGACUUGGCGGGCUGCAUCCAUGGCCUCAGCAAUGUGAAGCUGAAUGAGCACUUCCUCAACACCACGGACUUCCUGGACACCAUCAAGAACAACCUGGACAAAGCUCUGGGCAAGAAGUAGGGGAGGCGCUGCCCCAGCCGCUGUGGUGGACAGGACAGAGCCUGGCGGGCAGCAGCCACCGCUUUUCCUGACGCAGCGGAGGGUGAGCCGCACAGCUCCUCUCCGGGGAGCCUGCGCACAAGGCCUGAUUUUUAGGGGACAUUUUUUAUAAGUGAGAUAUUUUUAAAAGCCUGUCUGUGUUUCCCCUCAUGGUGAUGUGAGGCAGGAACAGCGUGUUUUACCUCAACCAGUCAGUAUGUUUUGCAUACUGUAAUUUAUACUGCCCUUGGAACACAUGGUGCCGUAUUUAGCUACUAAAAAGCUCUUCACAAA